AUGAAAUUGCUGGUGCAUCAGCCAGGACUUCGAGACAGGACAUCCAAUACAGAUAUGGCUGGAGAAUCCAGACCUGGCCCAGCCCGGCCUAGCCAGAAGAGGCAGCAGGACACAGACAUUUUCUGGCCAUUUCCCCUGCGGAACAACGAGCAAGGGAGGGGACUAGUUCUCAGUGCCUGCGAAAGAAGCCGGGCGCCCUCAGCCCUGGGGCCCAGCGAGAGGGCCGCUGAAACGCCCGUCUGGGCCGCUGCUCCCCUCGGGGAAGUGCCCCACGACCCCGAGGAGGGAUCCGACCCUCCCGCCUGCGGCUGCGCGGCUCCUUCCCCUCCCUCCGCGGCCGGAAUCAGCCGCCGCCAAGCGUUUCCGGGCCGCCCCCCAGAGCUCCAGAAGCCAGCAGUGGGGGCAGCCGGUCCGCCCGCCGGCCGCUCUGAGGACCCAGCAGCCCGGGCGGGCCGGGCCGGCACCCCAGAAUCAGAAAGUAACUAUGCUCCAAACUAUGAGCUGCACAGAGAAGGCAUCCCCUACAGGGUGUAUGGAUACCAGAGGAUCCCCCCACUCAUCAAGCAAGUGCCUACCAAGAUUCGGAGGACUCCUGUGAGCCUGGGGGUGAAGAGCAGCCGGAGCCCCUACAAAGCCUCCAGGAAUAACCACCUGCCUCUCAGGCAGAUAAAGUUGCACACUGCCGAGCUGCACUUCAUCAGGGAGGCACUGAGCCAGAUCAGAGCCCAGGUGGACGGCCUGCUGGAGAGUCUGCAGCACACCGGCCAGCAGAGGGAUCAGUCUACAGAUGAAGAAGCAAGCAUCUCACUAGGAGGGCAGCCAAUAGGAGACGGGAACCCUUCCAGGACCAUCAGCUCCACAGGCUUUCUUUUUGGAUGCCCUUCAGCUGUACCCAAGUAACCAGAGGCACUCAUUCUGGAGCUAGGGCAAUGGGAGUGAAGGCAUGGUUCAGCCAUCAGCCAGGCCUCCCCAGUGGUUGCAUGGAGGCUGUUUUCAGAUGAGUCUUAGGGUAUGGUAGGGAACGAGACCUGUGACCGCCCAACUGCAACUCCACAUCUUAAAUGCAAAUAUGCCUUAGCUGCUCUGCCAUCCUCACACACCAGUCCUGGUGGUGUGGAACACAGUCCAGCAGCCAGCCACAGAGGUGAAACACAUCUGUGCUCCCUCAGCCUGACACUGAGCGGUAAAGGCCCUUUCUGAUUCUUAACCCCAUGCACCCCACAAAGCCUUCUGAAUAGAACUUUUUUUUUUUCUUGAA